UUAAGUUAUUUAAGAGCAUGAAAAUGAAUAUUUAAGAAAGUUACAUCAGGUGGAAGUCAGCUAUAUAAACAGGUCCUUGCGGGGUCCAACACACGUAACCGCCACAACUUCUCCGACUGCUCCGUUGUGGGAACUUUCCCGGCGAUGGUUCUGUUUGGAUUCCGAGAAAAUAAAAAAAUGGGGGAGAAAAGUGGAAUUUUGGAGAGAAGCAAUAGUAAGAAGAAGAGGAGUGGGGGUAUAAAGGGGAUUUUCAUGCACGCCGACGCCGUCGACAUAUUGCUCAUGACUUUGGGGUUCAUCGGAGCUUUGGGCGACGGCUUCACCAGACCUGUGGUUUUGCUUGUCAAUAGCCGCCUCAUGAACAGCAUCGGCAAUACCUCUAAAAUUUCCGCUUCCAGCCCCGACAUGCAAGUUUUUAUUCACAGCAUCGAGAAAAAAGCAGUGAUUCUCUUGUGCAUUGCUUGUGCGACUUUUGUGGUUUGCUUUCUCGAAGGGUAUUGCUGGACGAGAACCGGCGAGCGACAGACGGCGAGGAUGAGAGCGAGAUAUCUUAAAGCAGUUCUCCGGCAAGAUGUUGGUUAUUUCGAUAUGCAUGUCACUGGCACCACCGAAGUUAUCACCUCUGUUUCCAGUGAUACCUUAGUGAUUCAAGACGUUUUGAGCGAAAAGAUACCGAACUUUUUGAUGAACAUGGCAAAUUUUCUUGGAAACUACAUUGUCGGGUUUAUACUGUUAUGGCAGCAGACGUUAGUGGGAUUACCUUUCGCGCUCUUGUUAUUGGUCCCCGGUCUUCUUUACGGCAGAACCUCGAUGGGUUUCGCGAGAGAAAUCAUGGAGGGGUAUAAGAAGGCCGGAACGGUAGCAGAGCAGGCGGUUUCUUCGAUUAGANAGGAGGAUUAUAGAAAAGGAAUCGAGCCUCGAAAGGCUAUUACAGAAUUCCGUAGACUGUUAUAGAUUGUUAGAGGAAGUAGGUUAAAAGUGUACAAAUGUCAAAUUGUUUGCUAUUUUAGUAAUAAUUUGAAGUUGAAAAACAGGUGGGGGAAAGAGGANAUUUUUGCCAUUGGAGCUGCCAUUGCCGUCGGCGGAUUAUCAGUUGGUAAAAGUUUUUCCAACAUUCAAUACUUUUCCGAGGCAAUUGAGGCGGGGGAGCGAAUCAUGGAGAUCAUAAACAGAGUCCCCAAAAUCGACUCCGACGACAUGGAAGGUCAAAUCCUCGAAAAUGUCUCCGGCGAGGUCCAAUUCAGCAACGUCCAAUUCGCGUACCCGUCUCGCCCGGAGACCAUGAUUUUGAAGGAUCUGACCAUCACAAUUCCCGCCGGUCGCACCGUUGCCCUUGUCGGUAGCAGCGGCUCCGGCAAAGUCAUGGAAACAGGGUCUCACAAUGACCUCAUCCAAAACCAAACCGGCAUUUACGCCUCCCUCGUCCACCUUCAACAAACCGCCGCACAGCAACAAUCCCCCAACGAACCCUCGUCAUCUUCCAUACCCCACCUCGCCAGAAUCAGAAGCAACGGCAGCCGCCGCCUGUCCUUCCUUAGCCCCUCCAGCUCUACAAACUCGGUCGGGUCAACCCCAGUUCACGAAACCACCGUUAUCGAGAAAAAACAAAAUCUCCCAAAGCCAUCGUUCAGGAGACUUCUGGCUUUGAACCUGCCGGAAUGGAAGCAAGCUGUAAUGGGGUGCAUUUCCGCGAUGCUGUUCGGCGCUGUGCAGCCUGUGCACUCGUUCUUGAUGGGGUCGAUGAUUUCCGUGUAUUUUUUAACAAGUCACGAGGAGAUUAAAGCCAAGACGANCGAGGCUGCUAAAGCUUCCAAUGCUCAUAAUUUUAUUUCUCUGUUCCCAGAUGGAUAUGACACCCAGAUGUCUAACAAAAAAAAAAAAAAAAAAAAAANCGCUUACAUGGGAGAAUAUCUCACCAAAAGAAUUCGAGAGAUGAUGCUCUCCAAGAUCCUUACUUUUGAAGUUGGCUGGUUCGAUCAGGACGAGAAUUCUAGUGGCGCAAUUUGCACCCGACUCUCUCAAGAUGCCAACCUGGUUCGAUCCCUAGUGGGCGAUAGAAUCGGUCUAAUUAUGCAAACCAUUUCAGCAGUAGUGAUAGCAUUCACAUUGGGGUUUAUACUUUCAUGGAAGCUGGCGUUUGUAAUAAUCUCUGUCCAACCAAUGACAAUUACCAGCUUGUACACAAGACAAGUACUCCUACGGAGAAUGUCCAAAAACGCCACCAAAUCCCAAGAACAGUGCAGCAAGCUCGCCGCUGAGGCUGUAUCCAACCUCCGAACCGUCACGGCCUUCUCUUCACAAGACCACAUCCUUAAAAUGCUCGAGAAGGCGCAAGAAGUCCCAACCCAACAAGGCAUUAAGAAAUCAUGGUAUGCCGGAAUUGGACUCGGCUGCUCCCAAUGCAUCACCACUUGCUCAUUGGCUUUGAACUUUUGGUACGGAAGCAAGUUAAUAUCCAAAGGCGAAACCACUGCUAAAGGUCUCUUCCAAACCUUCCUCAUUUUGGUCAGCACCGGCCGUGUCAUCGCCGACGCUGGCAGCAUGACGUCAGAUCUUGCCAAAGGGUCCGGCGUCGUCAGUUCGGUUUUCGACGUUUUGGACCGGAUGACCAAAAUCGAACCGGACAACCCAGAUGGAUACAAACCGGAUAAAUUAACCGGCCGAAUCGAAUUCAUGAAUGUGGAUUUCUUUUACCCUUCUCGACCGGAGGCGAUGAUAUUCCGUGGGUUUUCAAUCAAAAUCGAGGCAGGUAAAUCCACGGCGUUGGUUGGGCAAAGUGGGUCGGGAAAAUCCACCAUAAUCGGGCUAGUGGAGCGAUUCUACGACCCGAUUAAAGGAACGAUCCAACUCGACGGUCGAGAUUUAAAAUCGUAUCAUCUCCGAACGCUAAGAAAACGCAUCGCAUUAGUGAGCCAAGAGCCGACGCUGUUCGCCGGAACAAUUAGGGACAACAUCGUGUACGGAUAUUCAGAAACGGCGGACGAAUCGGAGAUAAUAGAAGCGGCGAAGGCAGCGAACGCACACGAUUUCAUCUCGGGGUUGAAGGAUGGGUACGAGACGUUGUGUGGAGACAGGGGAUUGCAGCUGUCGGGAGGGCAAAAACAGAGGAUAGCAAUAGCGAGAGCGAUACUUAAGAAUCCGACGGUGCUGCUGCUGGAUGAGGCGACGAGUGCGCUUGAUGGGCAGUCAGAGAAAUUGGUGCAGGAGGCGCUGGAGAGGGUGAUGGUGGGGAGGACGAGCGUGGUAGUGGCGCACAGGCUGAGCACCAUACAGAAUUGCGACAUGAUUGCGGUUUUGGAUAAAGGGAAGGUAGUGGAGACUGGGAAUCACUCGUCGUUGAUGGGUAUUGGGGAAAAGGGAGCUUAUUAUGCUUUGGUUAAUUUGCAGAGUACAUCCCAUUAGUGUGUGUGUGUAUGAAUUUCAAUCAAAUUGGUGGCACUGGAGCAUAAUUGGUAGCUCUAAUUUAACCAGUCUUAUAACUCUUAUACCCCUCUAUCUUUUUUUUUUUA